AUGGUUGUCAAUAGUAUAAAAGUUUAUGCUCGACUCAAAAAAGAAAAAAAAUUAAUUAAUAAGGUUUAUGAUAUUGUAAAAGCAACCCCUGAAAAGGAAGAUAUUAUCUUUUACAAGAAUGAUAAAGGACUUCUUUCUAAAUUCAGAUUUAAUCAAAUUUUUGAUGAAUUGGCCAGUCAAGAAGACAUAUUUAACUAUGUGGCUAAACCUAUAGUAUCGAGUCUUUUGCAGGGAUUUAAUGGAACUAUUUUUGCUUAUGGACAGACUGGCAGCGGCAAAACCUACACGAUGACAGGCUCUGCAAGAAAAUACGAAGAUAGAGGCAUUAUUCCACGCUGUCUGCAAAGCAUUUUCGCCUCGAUUGAAAAGUCUGAAGAAAAGCCAACUUUAUACGUGUCUUACAUGGAAAUUUACAAUGAAAUUUGCUAUGAUUUAUUGGCUACAAAGAAUUGUUCAAAAAUGUUGGAGGAGCUACCUCGCGUUAUUAUACUGGAAGAUGGCAAAGGAGAAGCUCAUUUAAGAAAUUUAAAUGUUUUACCAGUUUCAACUGAAGAGGAAGCCAUGCGUCUUCUAUUCCUCGGUAAUACUAAUAGAGCUGUAGCUGAAACCCCAUUAAAUGAAUAUUCGUCAAGAUCACACUGCAUAUUUACAAUUUACGUGUCUUCACGCCCCAGUGAGUCUAAGAGCUUAGUUUAUUCAAAGUUAAACCUUGUUGACUUAGCAGGAUCUGAACGAGUUUACAAGUCCCACAUAACAGGCAGUACCCUUAACGAGGCAAAGCAAAUAAACUUAUCACUACAUUUUCUCCAGCAAGUGAUACUAGCCCUAUCUGAAUCCAGAAGGAUCCAUAUUCCUUACCGAAACAGUCUUAUGACGUUUAUUUUGAAAGAUUCUUUGGCUGGAAACUGUUUAACUGUGAUGCUAGCCACAUUGAAUGUCUCUAAUCAGAACUUACAAGAGACGAUUAGCACUUGCAAGUUUGCUCAAAGAGUAUCUUUGUUAAAAACUGAUCCUAUUAUCAAUGAAGUGAUCGAUCCUUAUCAGGAAAUUUUAAUUUUAAAGAAUGAAUUGCAGGAGUUACGACGGCAGAUGGUUCUAAAGCAGUCGGAGUCUAGAAGUUUAUCAAAAGCCGAUAAGAGUAUAAUAAGUGUUAAAUUAGAUGAAUUUUUGGCCAAUCAGAAGAGCUUUAAACAGCUUCAAUUAGAACCGUUUAGUACAGAGUAUUGCUUAGACGUUUUUAAGAUGAAAAUUCACGAGCUGCAAGAAGCUCUUAAAAUAAAAAAAGAACAUGAACUUGAAAAUAUUCGAGCAGAUUUUAGUGAUGAAAGCACUUAUUCAGUAAAAGAAAGUGUUCUAAAUGAAGAAAAAGACAGGGAAGUAGACUAUUACCUAAAGCGACUUUCUUGUGCGUAUGAGAAAGCAAAAAUUUUGGCAGCCACUAUAGAUGAGUGUCAGGUCCAAAUAACUUAUAUUAGAGAAAAACUUGAUGGCAAUAAUGAGUUUCAUAGUCAAAAAAGAAGAAAUAUACUUUAUGAAGAGUUGGAGCGUCAGCAAAAUGUUUAUGCCAAGAGCCUAGAACAGUUAAAGGAAAUAAAAAAGGAGACUUUGCAGUUAGAGGGCGGAUUAGCAGAGGCUAAGACUAGAAUUAAUAUAAAAACAUAUGAAAAAGAAAUGUACUCCAUUAAGUCCCCGAAAAAUUGCUCUAUGGAAAAAGCUUAUGAUUGUAUAAAAACCUUAUCACAAGGAUGUAAAUAUGAUAAAUGUGGACAUCGAUAUAUCUCACCUAAGUUCCAUGUUUGCAAUACGUUUGAGCAAGAAAGUUCUCAUUGCACAAAUAUGUGUGCAGAUGCAAGAAACUGUCAAAAUCAAUUUAUUCAAAUUGAGAAAAGAUGCAUUUCUUGCAAUCCACAUGGAUUUUAUAACAGUCACUAUAAUCCUCAAAACUUUCAAUAUCCUGUUCAUGAUCAAUGUGGCUACCAAAUACAAAAUGUUCCUCUUAAAGUUCAAAACUACGACACCUCCCUAAUACCAUCCGAUUACAUUAAGCAGAAACAUCCAGCUAAAUAUUUAUUUAAUACCGUACAAUGUUGUAGUAGCCGCAGUUCAUUUGCAUACAAAGAAUCACAAGAUACCGUAACGAGUUUGGCAAAUAAUCAAACACAUUUAGCAAAUGAUUUGCCGGAUCAAAGCGACGAGUGUUGUGAAAUUCAGCUGGUGCCAAAUAAACUCGACAAGUCUAAAGAUAGAUUUGAUGAAUGCUGUUUGGAGUAUUCGCCAAGACGUCAGGAAUGUGCUUUAAGUCAAAUUAAUAUGGUACAAGAAAAAUGUUAUGAUAAUUACCAAAGUGCUGUGGUGAUUUAUCCUCCUGAAGAAGAAUACCAGAUAGAAACCAAAAAGUAUAAUAUUUUUAACGACUCUGAUUCAGAUGAGUUUAGGAAGUUUAUGGCAACAGUAUCUCUAACUGGAGAUGAGGAGAUUGAUAGAGAAAUUUGUAAUUUUUAUAGAACUAGAGUUGUAUAACUUUUUUAAUAUAGACAGACAAACUCAAUA